AUGCCGACACCCGAGUCCGAACUCUUUCUCGCCAAAAAGCCUAAGGUUGCGCCAACCUUUGAUGGCGUCGACUACGAGGACAACAAGGCAUUGAAGGCUGCGCAGGACGCCAUUAUUAGGGAGCAGUGGGUCAGGAGCAUGAUGGCGAGGUUAGUUCGGGAAGAGAUGGGCAAAUGCUACCGGAGGGAGGGAGUCAACCAUUUAGAGAAGUGUGGACAUUUGCGAGAGCGAUACUUUGAGCUCCUCAAGGAUGCAAAGGUCAAGGGAUACCUCUUCGCACAACAAAACUACGUCGACGAGGCGCUCAAGCGAUAG